ACUACCUAAACAAUGGAGUUGUGUAAGUUUUUCAUUGCCGUGUUUGUGUGUGGUCAGUUAAAGUGCAUUAAAUCAACAUGAAGACACUAGGCUCACGAGCGGAUGACGCAUAGAGUAUCACUAUUUGUAUAAACAGAUCUUGUUGUGGGCCUACUCAUUGAAAUGAUCUCGUCAGCAUGGAUAUCAGAGAACAAGGGGUAUUUACGACAGAUUUUGGUUUGCUGUUCUGUGAGCAUCUUACCGUUCGGUUUCGGGCAGUUCGCAACGUGGCCGUCGUUGGCGAUCGAGCAGCUCUUGGAGGGCGACGCCGGGUUCAGCGUGGACCAGAGCGAGAUCUCGAUCAUCGCCUCCACGUGGUCUCUAGGCCUGUGUCUUCUGCCGAUUCUCUUCGGGUUCAUGCUGGUCCGGCAGGGACGGAGGAGGAACCUGCUCAUCACCGCGGUGGUCUACAUCGUUGCGUGGGCGCUCAUCCUGUUCGCCCGGUCUCCUCUCUGGUUGAUGGCCGGCAACUUCAUCGGCGGACUCGGCUCCAGUAUUCAGCUCAUCAUCGGACCCAUCUUCAUCGCUGAGAUCGCCGACAAAUACAUCAGAGGUGCUUUGAUAAGUUUCUACAUAGCAGCUAUCCCUCUCGGCCAGGCAUUUAUGUGCAGUGUGGGGAUAUACGUAACUUACUUUCAACUGAAUUUGAUAGCACUGGUUAUUUCAACGGUCGCUUUUUUCUGUAUCCUGGCGACAGCUGUGGAGUCUCCCAGCUGGAAACUAAUGAAACAAAAAGAGAGCGAAGCGGAAUCAUGUUUCAAUUACUACUGGAAUACUCGCAAUGCCGACCGCACGGAGUCGACAGUAGCUCUGGCUGAGCUGAGAGAGACCGUGGAGCUGGAGAUGCGGUCCAAGUGCUCCUACUCGGAGCUGGUGCGGACGCCGAGCAACGUGCGAGGCACCAUCAUCGUGGCGGCGAUAUCCCUCUUCCAGAGCGCCAGCGGGAUCCUCGUCAUCCUGGAUUACGGCUCCACGACGCUGCCCAAGUACGAGGGCUUCUGGGCGCCGCACCCGACGAUGGCCGCGGUGAGCAUCCUCUACUUCUUCCUCAGCCUCGUCUCCGCCGGGCUCGUCGAUCGACUCGGCCGCAAACCCUUGACCAUCCUGUCCAACGCCGGCGACGCCCUCGGCACGGCCAUCGUCGCCGUCUUCUUCGCCCUCGAGCGGCGCACCGAGUGGGACACGACCAACCUCCAGUGGCUCCCGUACGUCGGCAUGCUCCUCUUCAUCGCCUCCUACGGCAGCGCCAUGUCCGCCAUGCCCCAUGUUCUCGUCGGAGAGCUCUUCCCGGCUAAUGUCAGAUACCACGCAUCUGUUCUCUCGGUGAUCGCUAUCGCUGGGAGUCUCGCUUUUUUCAACUACACUUAUUUGGGCGGAUGUCGCUUGUUGGGAAUGGAUGUGAUGUUUUUCAUCUACACUCUAUGUAGCAUUGCUGCGACCAUAUUUUCGUGGUUGUUCAUGUUCGAGACCAAGAAUCUCUCUCUGGCUGAGAUACAGGCGAUCAUGACUGGAAGGAAAAUGGCAUCGAAUGACCCGCCUCAGGAGCUUAAUGAUCUGCGGUAAAGUGCACAUACCCCACGAAAACCCGCCAACCAUGAUUUUCAAGUUGAAAUAAACCGUCAUCAUCUCCCAAGGUUAUUGAGAUGUUCAGAAAAAAAAAAAAAAAAUUGUCGCUGUAUCAACGGCUUUGUGAAUAGUCUAGAAUAAUUUGGGCGAGUCACUUCAUCAUAGCCUUAUUUUUCCGCCGUCCUUGUCCUCAAGCUCACAAUUGGGUUUGGGAGAAAAUAUUGGAAAAGUGCAAUUCUACGAAAAGUGCAGGUCCAAUUUCAAUUAUAGACGUUUUAUUUGUAAAAAAGUAUUAAAUAAUCUCUACUUUUUACCUGUAUAUGGCGAGGAAAAAGUUUUUUUUAACGAAUUGUGAAAUUAAAAAUAUGUGAGUUGAUGUGUUGAGCUUCACUCUGAGCCUUUUCUGCUUAAGACGUCACGACCCUUCACUGUUAUGAUUGUUAGGUUGCAAUGUUUAUAGCCUUGUAACUUUUUUUUUGGUCUGGUAAAUUGUUCGGAUUUUUUAACUAAUGAUAUCGAUAAUACAUUUAGUAGAAUAAGCAAUGUAUUUGAUUUUUAAAUACAUGUGGAUUCCACCCGAAAAAUUUC